CUUUUUUUUUUUUUUUUUUUUUUUCCGGCAGCACUUUUAUUCUUCCUUACACAAUGAUGUGCUGCUGGGGCCUAAUGUUCUCACAUAACAGUAGAAAACCAAAAUUUGUUGUCAUCUAUUUAAAGAAUUGAGAGCUGCGUACAAAAAAAAAACCUUACAUAAAUUAAAAGGAUGAAUACAUUUACAGGUGUAAAUGCAAACCGCUUCCAACUCAAGGCAAGUAACAGCCCACGGUGUUCUGGCAGGAAAACAGCUAAGAAAGGAAACCGGGUCCUAUGGCUUGGACUUUCCAACGCUGACAGACAGGCAAUUGCCAGCUUCUAGAGCAAUCCCAGAACACUCGGCCCUGACACAUGAAUACCCUGCAAAGAUAGGAGACUGCUGGCCACGCAGACGCACCAAGCCAGACUUGUCUGCCCACAAGCACGUUUUUACCUCAGCCACGAAGUGACCAAGCCACAUGUACUAAAGGUUGAAAUCAAAGAUAUGUACAGGGUAUUAAACAAAUAACAAGGAGAACAGUUAAACCGACUACCUCAUGAAGAUCCUCACCGAGUGCAGCUACAGCUUCACCACCGCGGCCGAGCAGGAGAUUGUAUGCAACAUCAAGGAUAAGCUGUGCUACAUCGCCCUGGACUUCGAGCAGGAGAUGGCCACAGCCGCAUCCUCCUCCUCUCUGGAGAAGAGCUAUGAGCUGCCCGACAGCCAGGUCAUCACCAUUGGUAACGAGUGGUUCCAGUGUCCGGAGGCACUGUUCCAGCCUUCCUUUCUCGGCAUGGAAUCUUGUGGCAUCCAUGAGACCACCUUCAACUCCAUCAUGAAGUGUGACGUGGACAUCUGUAAGGACCUGUACACCAACACUGUGCUGUCUGGUGGCAGCACCAUGUACCCAGGCAUCACUGACAGGAUGCAGAAGGAGAUCACUGCCCUGGCACCCAACAGUAUGAAGAUCAAGAUCAUUGUACCCCCAGAGCAUAAGUACUUCGUGUGGAUUGACGGCUCCAUCCUUGCCUCACUGUCCACCUUCCAGCAGAUGUGGAUUAGCAAGCAGGAGUACAAUGAGUCCGGCCCCUCCAUCGUCCACCGCAAAUGCUUCUAAACGGACUGCGAGCAGAUGCGUAGCAUUUGCUGCAUGGGUUAAUUCGGAAGUAUAAAUUUGCCCCUGGCAAAUGCAUACACCUCAUGCUAGCCUCAUGAAACUGGAAUGAGCCUUCGAAAAGAAAUUGUCCUUGAAGCUUGUUUCUGAUAUCAGCACUGGAUUGUAGAACUUGUUGCUGAUUUUGACCUUGUAUUCAA